AUGGAUACUGAUGGUACACUACCGUUUGUUGUCAAUCUGCCUCCUAAAGACCGGUUCGAACCGACGACUGUCAUCGGAAAACUUGAACCGAAUCAACGUCAGAUAAGCUUGGUAGUUAUUGUUCUACGUAUUCAAGCAAAUCCGCAAAAAACGCGUGAAGGACAUGAAAUUCAUUCAUUCAAAGUGGCAGAUCGCACGGGCUCUGUGACACUUAAUGUUUGGAAUACAGCCGGACAAUUGAUAUCACCAGGAGACAUUCUCCGCUUACAAAAUUGCAUCACACAAGUCUUCAAAAAUGAAUUAUGCGUCAAGCCAGGACGAAGUGGAAUCAUUACAAAAAUCGAUGAAUUUACUAUGGAUUUCAAAGAAGACCCUGAUAUGAGCGUAUUCACUCCAUCUAUGGAACCAAUGAACAACACGAAUAAACGACCAGUGCAAUUAAUGUCUUGA